UGAGAAAGGUUAAAAAUAAAAUACAUAUAAAUCUAAAGAAAAUUGUAUAUUCUUUUGGUGUCAGCAUUCAAAUAAGAGUAACCAACACCAUAAGUCAUAAGUUCAGCUCCUAAACCAAGUUAAAACAACAUUUCCAUCAAGAAACGAUGAAGAAUAAUGGAAAUGGCAGCAAAAUAAGCAUUUACCUUCCAAUCUUUUUAGUGUUUUCUCUCUUUCUCUUUGGAUAUUUUCUGUUUAAUGAAAAUUUAAACUUCAGUUCCCUUCCAUUUCCAAGAUUUAAAGAAACCUUACAAGAAUCUUCCAUUUCCAACUUCAGCAAUAGUCCAAGAUUUCAAGAAAAUCGAGGAGAAGAAGAAGAAGAAGAAGUUUUGUUGCCACCAGAAGACUGUGAUAUUUUCAAUGGAGAGUGGGUUCUUGAUAACUUGACUCAUCCAUUAUAUAAAGAAGAAGAUUGUGAGUUUCUACAAGAAUCAGUAACUUGCCUCAAAAAUGGAAGAAUGGAUUCUUUGUAUCAGAACUGGAGAUGGCAGCCUAGAGACUGUCAUCUGCCCAAGUUCAAAGCAAAAUAUUUGCUAAAUAAACUUCAAGGAAAGAGGCUAAUGUUUGUUGGAGAUUCACUACAUCAUCAGCAAUGGCAAUCUAUGAUCUGUUUAGUUCAGUCAGUUAUUCCUCCACACAAGAAGAGCUUAAUCAGCUAUUCAGAUUCUCUCACUGUCUUCAAAAUUGAGGAUUAUAAUGCUACGAUAGAAUUUUAUUGGGCACCAUUUUUGGUUGAAUCAAAUUCAGACAGUUUAGCAAACAGGAAUGGCAAAUCAGACCGUAUGAUUAUGGCUGAGUCAAUCUCAAAACAUGGAAAUAACUGGAAGGACGUGGAUUACCUUAUAUUUAACUCAUACAUUUGGUGGAUGACCUCUAUUUAUACCAAAGUAUUACGAGGACCGUUGGCUGAUGCAGCAAUGGAGUAUGAUGAAGUUGAGUUGCCAAUAGCAUAUGAGAGAGUUUUGAGGACCUGGGCUAAAUGGGUAGAAGAAAAUGUUAAUCCAAAGCAAACUUCUGUUUUCUUUAGCAGCAUGUCUCCUACUCAUAUCAAGAGCUUGGAUUGGGACAAUCCUGAUGGGAUCAAAUGUGCAAAGGAGACUACUCCAAUUUUAAACAGGACCAAGCCAUUGGAAGUAGGCACCAAUCAUCAGCUUUUUAAUAUUGCAGUUAAUGUAACACAAUCCAUGAAAAUUCCUGUCUACUUUCUCAACAUAACCUCAUUAUCCGAAUACCGGAAGGAUGCACAUACCUCUAUUUACACUGCGGUUGAUGGGAAGUUACUCCUGCCGGAGCAAAAGUCCGAUCCGGCCAAAUAUGCUGAUUGUCUACAUUGGUGUCUUCCAGGGUUACCUGAUACAUGGAAUGAAUUGCUCUAUACUCGGAUUGUUUCUUUUUCUUGAGUUAUAAGUUUUGUUUUAAUUUUAAUUUUGUUUGCUAAUUGAAUUUUUCAAUUUGGACAUGUUAUAAAAGUUUCAAUAAGGUAUAGAAAAGUAAAUGGAAAAGGUGUAAGAAGAAUUUGAGGCUUGACA